UCACAUUCACAUACAUUAACUCAUUUAGGCAUAUUCACAAGAUUAGUUCUAAUGGCUGGGAUUGUGGUGAUUUUUGACUUCGACUCGACAAUCAUCGAGUGUGAUAGUGAUAAUUGGGUUCUUGACGAGUUUGGUUUAACUGAAAAGUUCUAUCAGCUUCUUCCUAACAUGCUUUGGAACCCUCUGAUGGAUAAGAUGAUGAAUGAACUUCAUUCACAAGGAAAAACCAUUGAAGACAUUGUACAAGUUCUGAACAGGACUCCAAUGCAUCCUCGCAUUGUCCCAGCCAUUAAGGCAGCAUAUUCCCUUGGGUGUGAGCUGAAGAUUGUGAGCGACGCAAAUAUUUUCUUCAUUGAAACAAUUUUGAAGCAUCAUGGGGUGUGGAAUUGUUUCUCGGAGGUCACUGCAAACCCCAGUUAUGUUAACGAAGAAGGGAGGCUCAGAAUUUCCCCCUACCAUGAUUAUCUAAAAUGUUCUCAUGGAUGCAAUCUCUGUCCACCAAACAUGUGCAAGGGAAUGAUCACAGAGAGAAUCCAAAAUUCGGUUGAUGCUGCAGGAAAGAAGUUCAUCUAUCUUGGAGAUGGAAGUGGAGACUUUUGCCCAAGUUUGAAGCUCAAAGAUAGGGAUUAUUUGAUGCCAAGAAAGAAUUUCCCAUUGUGUGAUUUAGUAUCUGAGAACUCUAAGCACAUAAAGGCAGAGGUGCAUGCUUGGAGGGAUGGGGAAGAGCUUUAUGAUGUUCUGCUCCAUUUUAUCGACAAAGCUAUUGGUGAAGGAAACAAGAAUAUCAUUAGUUCUACUCCAAUAGUAUCAGUUGAUUGCAAGUUGGGGUCAAUUUCAAUUGAGGCUCAUAAACCUUUACCUAAAGCAAUCCCAGUUCCUCAAUAAAACUAAAAUUGCAGAGGAUGAAGGAUCGAUCGAUUUCAAAGUGAUUACAUUUCUUGUGGCUUGUCUUCUAUGUAUUGCUACUUUGUUUUUGCUGUUGUUGCUUUUGCAGAAAGUGUAUGAGUAUGAGGCUUUGGCCUGGUUAUUAUUAUUGAUAGUAAUAAUAAAAAUAUAAUGAAUAAAAGAGAAGCUAAAAGCCUUCACUGUUGGGACUCAACUAA